GAAUAUAAAGGGAAUUACUGGCAAGAGAGCUGUAGACUAACUUACCACCGAACCCAUUACUUUUCUAAGAUCAGAAAUAUAUUACACUAACAGGAACCACUCCUCAUUCAGAUAAGAAUUCAAGCUUUGACAUUGUAAACCACAGACGAAUUGGAGCCUGGCAUUGAAAAGAGGUGUUCUGCAACUGUUUUUCCCCCCCUUGUCUAAAGAAGUUGACUUCUACAACAGGGGAUCUGAAAAAUGACAGGGGCGAAGAGGAAAAAGAAAAGCAUGUUCUGGAGCAAGAUGCAUCCCCCCCAUUAUGAGGACAUUAAACAGUGGUGCAGAAGGCGGCUACCUAUUUUGGAAUGGGCACCACAUUACAAUCUGAAAGAAAACCUGCUUCCAGACACUGUGUCUGGGAUAAUGUUGGCAGUUCAACAGGUGACACAAGGGUUGGCCUUUGCUAUUCUCUCAUCUGUGCACCCAGUGUUUGGUUUAUAUGGGUCUCUGUUUCCUGCCAUCAUCUAUGCCAUAUUUGGAAUGGGACGACAUGUUGCCACAGGCACCUUUGCCUUGACAUCCUUAAUAUCAGCCAAUGCUGUGGAACGGCUAGUCCCUCAAAGCAGCCAGAACCUCACCACGCAGAGCAACUCCAGUGUACUAGGCUUAUCUGACUUUGAGGUACAAAGGAUUGGAGUUGCUGCAGCUGUUUCCUUCCUGGGAGGUGUGAUUCAGGUGGCCAUGUUUGUGUUACAGCUGGGCAGUGCCACAUUCCUGCUUACAGAGCCUGUGAUCAGUGCAAUGACAACUGGGGCUGCCACCCAUGUUGUGACUUCGCAAGUCAAGUAUCUUUUGGGAAUAAAAAUGCCAUAUAUAUCUGGACCACUUGGAUUCUUUUAUAUUUAUGCAUAUGUCUUUGAAAACAUCAAGUCUGUCCGACUGGAAGCACUGCUCUUGUCUUUGCUGAGCAUCGUGGUCCUUGUUCUUGUUAAGGAGCUGAAUGAACAAUUUAAAAGGAAAAUUAAAGUUGUUCUUCCUGUCGAUUUAGUUUUGAUUAUUGCUGCAUCUUUUGCUUGUUAUUGUACCAAUAUGGAAAACACAUAUGGAUUAGAAGUAGUUGGUCGUAUCCCAAAAGGAAUUCCUCCACCUAGAGCUCCCCCAAUGAACAUCCUCUCUGCAGUAAUCACUGAAGCUUUCGGAGUGGCACUCGUAGGCUACGUGGCCUCACUGGCUCUGGCUCAAGGAUCUGCCAAAAAAUUCAAAUAUUCAGUCGAUGACAAUCAGGAAGUUUUGGCUCAUGGCCUCAGCAAUGUGAUUCCUUCAUUUUUCUUCUGCAUACCAAGUGCUGCAGCCAUGGGGAGAACGGCUGGCCUAUAUAGCACAGGGGCAAAGACACAGGUGGCCUGUCUAAUAUCUUGCAUUUUCGUCCUUAUAGUCAUCUAUGCAAUCGGACCUUUGCUGUACUGGCUGCCCAUGUGUGUUCUUGCAAGUAUUAUUGUUGUGGGGCUGAAGGGAAUGCUAAUACAAUUCCGGGACUUAAAAAAAUAUUGGAAUGUGGAUAAGAUCGAUUGGGGUAUAUGGGUCAGUACAUAUGUCUUUACAAUAUGCUUUGCUGCCAAUGUGGGACUGCUGUUUGGUGUUGUCUGUACCAUAGCUAUAGUGAUAGGACGCUUCCCAAGAGCAAAGACUUUAAGUAUAAAAAACAUGAAAGAAAUGGAAUUUAAAGUGAAGACAGAAACAGAUGAUGAAAGCCUGCAGCAGGUGAAAAUUAUCUCAAUAAACAAUCCACUUGUUUUUCUGAAUGUGAAGAAAUUUCAUAUGGAUCUAAUAAACAUAAUGCAAAAGGAAAAUGCCAACAACCAGCCACUUGAUGAUAUCAGUAAGUGUGAACAAAACACGCUGCUGAAUUCUCUAUCCAAUGGCAACUGCAAUGAGGAAACUUCACAGUCAAGCUCUCACGACAAGUCAGCCUUAAUCCUGGAUUGCAGUGGCUUAACCUUUUUUGACUAUUCUGGUGUCUCCAUGCUGGUUGAGGUUUACAUGGACUGUAAGGACCAGAGUGUGGAUGUAUUAUUAGCCAAUUGCACAGCUUCCUUGAUAAAAGCAAUGAAGUACUAUGGAAACUUAGACUCGGAGAAACCAAUUUUUUUUGAAUCAGUAUCUGCUGCAAUAAGUAACAUCUAUUCAAAUAAGAACUUCAACAAACUCGGUGACCACAGUGACGUUUGA